AUGCAUAUCGCAAGAACAAGCCUGAAAGAAGAAAUACAGGUAUUUUCUGAUAAGGAAUUUAAAGGUCUGUUAAUGAGCGGAGCGUACAGGUGCUACUGGAACAGAAUUUUUUUGACUGGCCCAUUUGGUGUCGGUAAAACGAGUUUAGCGAAAUUUUUGGUUGGUGACGAGGCUCUAGAGGAACGGGAAUCUACGGAUGGUAUCUGGAUUUACCUUGGAAGGGCUGGAAUGGACAUAAAAGAACGUUGUUGGAUAUUUCUAAAGCAUGGAACCAUAUUGAACGCAACAGUUCAAAGUUUGCUUAGAAGUAAAGAAAUGACAGCUGUUAAAUCAGUUAAUGAUACAGAAGAUCCAGAAACAGUUAAACAAAGCGAGGAUGCAGUAAAGCAUAGCGGGAACUUGUCAAAACCAGGUGCUCUUCAAUCUCAGGACAAUAUUCAACAGGCUGUCAAAAAGAAGUCAAAGUUCAAAGCUUUUCUCGAUCUCCCAAAUCGAAUACAGAAAGCAUUUAAAGGUAAAACUCCAAACGAUAAAUGUGCAAAGAUGGAAGAAACUAGGAUAGAAGAAAACUUGACUGGCAUAGAUAUGUCAGAAGAGGAAAUAAUCCAGCUUGUCCGUUCUAAAUGUACUCUAGGGCAGUACGAAAUGGUAAUAGUACCUAUAGACUUUGGUGGUCAAAAAAUCUACCACCUGACUCACCAACUUUUCAUUACAAGCCGAGGUACAUUUCUGUUGAUCUUCAAUGGCAGCAGAGGAAUACAAGAAGACAUACCAGAGUAUACAGAACUCCCCGGAUGUCAAGGGCAAAGAAACACAGCAGGUACAUAG